CAGAACGUCAAGACCUCCUGAGGUGAAACCACCCUACAAGCUCCUCAUGGAAGGCACGGCAACCAUGAAUGUCUCUUAUUGCCUCCAUAAUGUUACCACAGUGGAAGAAGUCAUGCGUCAUAUCGCUAUCGUCACCAAUGUGAUCAUCUUGGUUUUGGGUGUUUCCGGCAAUGGGCUGGUCAUGUGGAUCAUAGUUACCCGAAAGAAACACAAAACCUUCACCUCCAUCUGCUAUUUCAACCUGGCUGUGGCCGACUUCCUCUUCUCUGUGGGUCGCGUCCCUGCCCUUGUGCAAGAGAUCAUGUACCAGCAAUGGCCCUUCGGCCUCAUGCUUUGCAAGGUCCAUAGCUUCAUCCGCUACCUCACCACCUUUACUAGCGUCUUCAUCCUCACUGUUAUCAGCCUUUAUCGUUGUCUGAUGGUAGUAAGGCCUGUGUGGGCCCGAAACCACCAAAGUCCUCGUUUUCAAACCCUGAUGUGCAUUGGAGCAUGGACCCUGGCUUUCUUCUUCAGCAUCCCUUACCUGGUGGUCCGCACUAUCGAAGUCAGAAAUGGUGCCUCCUGUUGCAUCUAUCACAAGGCUCUCAAAACCUCGACCGAACUGCCCCUGAGAAUGAGCAGGUUCUUCGGCGGGUUCCUCCUGCCUUUUGUCAUCAUCUCCACGGCGUACUCCGUUCUGCUUUGCAAGCUUCGCGAACGGCGUUGGAAGGGUUGUCACCGCACCAUCAGCCUGGUGGCUACCAUUGUCACCCUUUUCUUCAUCUGCUGGCUACCUCACCACGUCUUCGUGUUGCUGAACACCAUUUGGAGCAAAAAUGCCCUUUGGGGGAUUGCGCUCAAGGUCUCCAACGCAUUGGCGUACUUGCACAGCUGCAUCAACCCAGUGCUGUACGGCUUUGUGGGCUACAUCCGGAGCAGAGGCCUCCGCCGCCGAGCUUCCUUCUUGGGACUUUUCCGCAAGGCCCUCAUCGAAGAGGACACGUCGUUUGCGACAGAAGCAUCGGAGAAUCUUAAUCAGCAGACUUAAGGAUGCAAGGACAGUUGGAUGUUUUCUGUUGCAUCCUCCAAGAAUGGGAUGAUGGUGGUGAUGUUGCUAUGCGUUCAAUGGAGUUCAAUUCCCGUAGAGUAGGUCUCUCCUCAUCUUCUAGUCCAGGGGUCUGCAAACUUGGCUCUUUUUAAGAUUUGUGGACUUCAACUCCCAGAGUUCCUCAGCCAACUUUUUCUACUUGCAUUUUUUUGCUGGCUGAGGAACUCUGGGAGUUGAAGUCUACAGGUCGUAAAAGAGCCAAGUUUGCAGACCCUGUUCUAGUCUUGCACUACUUCUGUGAGUUUUUCUAUUUUCUGUUAGUUUUGAUAGUGUCCAGCACCUUGUUCUUUCAUGGCCUGGUUUCCCUUUACCGCUAACUUUUCCAAACAAAAUUGCCUUAUAACAGAAUGACAGAGUUGGAAGGGACCUUGUAGGUCAUCUAGUCCAACCCCCCACCCAAGCAGGAGACCCUGCACCAUUUCUGACAGAUGGAAGUCCAAUCUCUUCUUAAAGCUUCGGUGGUGAUGCUCCCACAACUUCUGAAGGCAACUUCUGUUCCAUGGGUUGACUGUUCUCACUGUCGGAAAAUUUGAAUCUCUCCUUUUUCAGUUUCCAUCCAUUAUUCCUUGUCUGGCCUUCAGAUGCUUUGGAGAAUAGCUUGACCCGCUCUUCGACUAGCCUUGUGGUGCAACCAAAACAAUCUGGAACUGAACACACUCAAAACCGUAGAAAUGGUGGUAGACUUUAGGAAAAACCCUUCCAUACUUCCACCUCUCACAAUACUUGACAACACAGUAUCAACAGUAGAAACCUUCAAAUUUCUGGGUUCUAUCAUAUCGCAAGAUCUCAAAUGGACAGCUAACAUCAAAAACAUCAUUAAAAAAGGACAACAAAGAAUGUUCU